AUGUUACUGAUAUUGUUAUUGUGCUUGGUGCACUCGCAGCAGGCAGAGAAGGAGAAAAUGGAUGGCGAGAAGGAGAAAAUGGAUGGCGAGAAGGAGAAAAUGGAUGGCGAGAAGGAGAAAAUGGAUGGCGAGAAGGAGAAAAUGGAUGGCGAGAAGGAGAAAAUGGAUGGCGAAACCAGUACUGCAGCAGUAUUCAUUGGUUUACGGCACUGUCCGAUUCUCAGAGAGGUUUGUAGUGUUCGUCUAGAAGAGUCAUGUGUUCAUACACGCACGCCUGAUCCAAACCCCGUGCAGCCACGGACUCUCGCCUGCAGUCGCAUACACACGUACACAGUCGACCUUUGCCUUGUUUCUUCCCCGACGGCACUGACAGCUCAUAUCGUGUCAAAUGUUGUGUGA